GCUAAAUACUCUGGCAACCAUCCUCGCAUCAUUUCGAUUCGCUAGCAAGUUUACGUGUAAAUUGUGCCUUGGUGGCGAUAUGGCACAUGAAAACACUAACAUUUCAUGGAAAUGAAAUAGCAACCGCACUUGGAUAUUCUUUCGGAAACAAAUUUCGGGUUGGAAAGUUACCGGCCAUUUAAGCAACUAAAUAAAUCGGGACAGACACCUUAUGUCAUAGGUGGUACAAGUUGUUUACUAUUUUUAGGUUUGCCGUCGACUAAUUUAAAUGAUAAAGUAUGGGUUCGUAAACUAUGCAUUGGAGCUUCUGGUAAUCAAAUCAUUUGGCGAAAAAACUUGGGAAACAAUCAAGAAGAAUGCCGAAGUUCAGAUGGAAGGUCAAUUUUUGGUACGCCAGAUAUACGAGGACGAACUAACUUAUAAUUUAAUAUCGGCUGCAGUCGAAGUCUUAAAAAUUCCAGCGAAUACAAUUCUCGAACUGUUCGGAAAAACAUUUUUCGAGUUCUGCCAAGAUUCGGGAUACGACAAAAUCCUUCAAGUCUUGGGAGCGACUCCCAGGGAUUUUCUUCAGAACCUCGACGCUCUACACGAUCAUUUGGGAACUCUCUAUCCGGGCAUGAAGGCUCCUUCUUUCCGGUGCACGGAACGGCCAGAAGAUGGUGCGCUUAUUCUGCAUUAUUAUUCCGACAGACCUGGAUUGGAACACAUCGUUAUUGGGAUCGUAAAGACCGUCGCAAGCAAACUGCAUGAGACCGAGGUGGAAAUUGAGAUCCUCAAAACCAAGGAGGAGUGCGAUCAUGUCCAGUUUUUGAUCACAGAAAAGUCCGGACCAGAACGACCAGCGUUGCCGCAGAUUGACGAGAUUGAAACUCUCUCUUUGGAGCCGAAAGUAAGUGCGUCCACCUUCUGCAGCAUAUAUCCAUUCCACAUAAUGUUCGAUAGGAACCUGAAAAUCGUACAAACCGGAUCGACGGUCGCGAGAGUCAUGCCCAAGGUCAUCGAGGACAAUUGCCUCGUCACCGACAUACUCGACCCGAUUCGACCGCAUUUGGAGCUAACUUUCGAAAACAUCCUGUCACACAUUAACACGAUAUACGUGUUGAAAACGCGCUCGGGUGUAAUGCAAGUCGAUGCUCCUCCGGAAUACCGAUUUUUGAGGCUCAAAGGUCAAAUGCUCUAUAUUCUGGAAUCGGAUUUGGUAAUAUUCUUGUGUUAUCCAAGCGUGGUCAACCUGGAUGACUUGACGAGAAGAGGACUCUACAUUAGCGAUAUUCCGUUGCACGAUGCUACUCGGGAUCUUGUACUGAUGUCGGAGCAGUUCGAGGCGGAUUACAAAUUGACGAGGAAUUUGGAAAUAUUGACGGACAAGUUGCAACAGACCUACCGAGAAUUGGACGGCGAGAAAAAAAAAACGGACCAAUUGCUAUACUCUGUUCUACCCAUCAGCGUCGCGAGUGAAUUAAGACACAAGAGGCCCGUUCCGGCCAAAAGAUACGACUGCGUGACUCUGCUUUUUUCCGGCAUCGUUGGAUUUUCUGACUAUUGCGCCGCCAAUACCGACUCCAAAGGUGCAAUGAAAAUUGUCAAAAUGCUGAACGAGCUGUAUACCAAGUUUGACGAUUUGACAGAUCCCAAGGUCAACCCGAAUAUCUAUAAGGUGGAAACGGUUGGUGACAAAUAUAUGGCUGUCAGCGGUUUGCCGGAGCCUUGCACUACGCACGCCAAAAACAUCGCUAGGCUCGCUCUGGAUAUGAUGGAUUUGGGGCACACAGUUAUUAUCGAUGGGCAGCCGGUUAGGAUCACCAUAGGAAUUCACACUGGAGAGGUGGUGACGGGAGUAAUAGGGCAACGCAUGCCAAGGUAUUGUUUGUACGGAAACACGGUUAAUCUGACCAGUAGAACGGAGACCACAGGUCAACCGGGAAAGAUAAACGUGUCCGAAGAUGCAUACAGGGUUCUUCUUCAAGAGGACAACUUCGACGAACAGUUUCAUUUCGAUUGUAGAGGACCCGUUACCAUGAAAGGAAAAUCAGACCCUAUGGACGUAUAUAUUCUAUCAAGGGCCGGAUGUUAAUCGCAUUAUCUUUUUUAAAUUAGUAACUUUUAUUAUAAUGGUUGUUUGUGGCUCCAUGUUUAAACUAUUUGCCAGUUCAAUAA